AUGAAAUUAUCAAACCAUAUUUGGUUCAAGCGGGUUUCGGUCACGUCAUCAAGAUCUGCAUAUGGAAUGGAUCGCAAAUUUCUUCUCGCCUUGUGCGAAAGAUGGCGACCAGAAACCCACACAUUUCACUUCCCCACAGGUGAAUGCACAGUGACCCUGGAGGAUAUCCAUAUGUUGUUAGGUCUUCGUGUCGAUGGGUUAGCAGUUGUUGGUGACACAAACGUUAAGUAUGAAUUAGUGGAAGAACUAUUGGGUGUGCCUUUGGAACGAGGUGAUAGGAAGGGGCAAAGCCUUAAAAUUACAUGGCUAAAAAGAAUUUAUGGUGCUUUGAACUUGACCGCGGAGUCUUCCGAGGAACUCAAAAUUUAUAAAAGUAGAAUUUAUGUAUUAUUGCUUUUUGCAUGCUUUUUAUUUCCUGAUACUAAUGGUAAUACUUUCCAUCUUCAAUUUUUACCAUUAUUAGAAGAUUUAAGUCAAAUAAGUAGAUAUAGUUGGGGCGCUGCUACCUUAGCGCAUCUAUACAGAAAUUUGUGUAGAUGCGCAAGGAAAAAUGAGCAUAAUUUUGUUGGUUGUGGCGUUUUGAUUCAAGCUUGGGGAUGGUCCAGAAUGCCCAGACUGGCGCCGGUAAACCUCAAUCCAUAUCACUUUCCAUAUGCAACCAAGUGGUCCGCGUAUGGGAUGAAUUACGAAAAAAUCCUGCAUCAUUGUGCUCCUGGGUAUCUGACAUUCUUUGAUCAUUUUGAGGAAGAUGAUUUUCUAUGGAGGCCCUAUCUUGAACUUGAAGAUGAGGAUCCAACUGAAAGCGACAUGUGA